UGAGACCGACAGACGGGUGCGACUUUGGAGAAUACGUAGUCUGCUGUGCAUCGUGGCAAUAGAGACACCGAGAAGUUGACAACUAUCUGUCUAUACCAAGGCCAGGCCAGUGGCAACGACAAAGUUCGGCUUGGUACGAGGAAGAGAAAUGAACGCGCCUCCUUUCUCCGGGCUCUAGUAGAGUCUAAUGCCUUUGCUCCAAAGGAUUGUGACUGCUAAUUUUUUGUUCAGAGCAAAUGACCUAGAUCAGACUGUGUGAAAAUACCCAGAAGAGUUCUUCCCAGUUCAGAGGCACAGUAAGGAUUGGACAUUUUCUAAAGCUGUCUGGGCAUCAGCCAUGUCAUCCAUAGACCCCUACCAGUACAUUAUUGUGGAGCAGCAGUACUCCCACAAGUACAAAGUCACGGUGUUGCGGGCUGAGAAUGUCACCAAAGGAGCUCUUGGUGACCUCUUGGACACCCCAGACCCCUACGUGGAGCUGUUCAUCCCCACAGCUCCAGAGAGCAGGAAGAGAACCCGACACAUAGACAACAACAUCAACCCAAAAUGGAACGAGACGUUUACCUUCAUCCUGGACCCCAACCAGGAGAACACUCUGAAGAUCACCCUGAUGGAUGCCAACUACGUGAUGGAUGAGACUCUGGGCACAGUCACGUAUGAAAUUGGCAAACUCAAAGUGGGACAGACGGAGACUGUGCCCUUUUCCUUUGGCAAGACAACCAAAGUGUACUUGGAGAUGUCAUUGGAAGUCUGCUCUGACCUGGACCUGCGCUUCAGCCUCGCCCUGUGCGAUAAGGAGAAGCUGUUCCGCCAGACGCGCCGGGAGAAGGUCAUGCUGGGGAUCAAGAAGCUGCUGAACAUGGAGAAACCACGCUACCUGCCCAACUCACCGCAAGAGGUGCCAGUGAUCGCUGUGGUGGGCUCGGGCGGGGGCUUCAGGGCCAUGGUGGGCUUCUCCGGGGUGAUGAAGGCCCUGUACGAGUCCGGCGUCCUCGACUGCACUACCUACAUCGCCGGCCUCUCCGGCUCCACCUGGUACAUGUCGACGCUGUACUCUCACCCGGAGUUCCCCAGCAGGGGCCCGGGGCAGAUCAACCAGGAGCUGAUGCGCAGUGUGAGCAGCAACCCUCUGCGCCUGCUGCUCCCCCAGCACGUCACCAACUACAUCCAGGCGCUCUGGGCCAAGAAGGCUCACGGCCAGCCGGUCACCUUCGCCGACAUCUUCGGCAUGCUCAUUGGCGAGACGCUCAUCCCCGCUAGGAUGGACACUAAGUUGACUGAGCUGCAGGAGAAGGUGACUGAAGCACAGUGUCCCCUUCCCCUCUUCACCUGCCUGCAUGUCAAACCUGACGUGUCCGAGCUCAUGUUUGCAGAUUGGGUAGAGUUUAGUCCAUAUGAGAUUGGCAUGGCCAAAUAUGGAACAUUCAUGACACCUGACCUUUUCGGCAGCAAGUUCUUCAUGGGAACUGUAGUCAAGAAGUAUGAGGAGAAUCCGUUACAUUUUCUAAUGGGAAUAUGGGGUAGUGCCUUCUCCAUUCUCUUCAACAGGGUGCUGGGAGUCAAGGACACAGGACCAAGUGGAAGUACUAUGGAGGAGGAACUGGAACAGAUCAGGCCCGCAGACAUCGUGGGAGCCGACAACAUUGACAAUGACGAGGAGCCACGCAAAGGUGGCUCGGAGGGCAAGGAUGGGGAGGAGGAGUUCCACCAGCGAGCUCAGGCCAGCUGGGUCCAGCGCAUGGUCUCGUCCCUCUUCAGCGACUCGUCACUGUUUAACACGCGUGAGGGCCGCGCCGGCAAGGUGCACAACUUCAUGCUGGGCCUCAACCUCAACACCUCAAUGCCUUUUUCACCCUUCAGUGACUACAUGUACUCGCAGGUGGCCGAGGAGGAGGUCGACGCCGUCACAGACCCAGACGAGUUUGACCGCAUCUAUGAGCCGCUGGAUGUGAAGAGUAAGAAGAUCCACGUGGUGGACAGUGGUCUGACCUACAACCUGCCCUACCCGCUUAUCCUGCGGCCACAGCGAGGAGUCGACCUCAUCAUCUCCUUCGACUUCUCUGCCCGGCCCAGCGACUCCAGCCCGCCCUUCAAGGAGCUGUUGCUGGCAGAGAAAUGGGCUCGCAUGAAUAAACUGCCCUUCCCUAAAAUUGACCCCAAAGUGUUUGACCGUGAGGGUCUGAAAGAAUGCUAUGUCUUCAAGCCCAACAAGGAUGACAAGAACUGCCCCACUGUGAUACACUUUGUGCUGGUCAACAUCAACUUCAGGCAGUUCAAAGCCCCUGGAGUUCCAAGAGAAACCGAGAAAGAUAAGGAAUUUGCCGAUUUUGACAUCUUCGACGACCCUAACACGCCGUACUCCACCUUCAACUUCCAGUACCCUAACCAUGCCUUCCAGCAGCUGCACGACCUGAUGGAGUUCAACACGCUCAACAACAUUGAGGUUAUCAAAGAGGCAAUAAAGGACAGUGUUGUGUACCGCAAAGAGAACCCGACGCGCUGUUCCGUCUCCCUCUCGCUGAACGAGAUCCAGAACAAGAAGUUCCUGAAGAGGGAGACCCGAGCAACGGCGCGCAAGUGAAGGCCUCUGGUGGUGACAGCAGUGACCUAACGUGACCUCUGAUGACCUCUCGUGACCUUUUCCAGACUAGUCAGAGAAGAGGGGUUUGGGGCAAAUGUCCUGCUGGUCACUCAGGUUCUCUUGUCUGGAGGAUUCUCUCAGCUGACCACAUCAUCACUGUGUUGUAAGAAAGGACUGUGAGAAAAGGCAUCCCUGGUGAACUCACAACCCCCCAGGCCUCCCACCUCUGUCUGUGAACGUAUUUUGAUUCAGGCCAUGCGUGGGCUGAGGAAGUUGGAGUUUCCAAAUGACUCGCUCGAAGAAAGUCUUGAAUAGGGAACUGUAGCAAUGGAUUAAGACUGGAAAAUAACACACACAAACACAAACACAACGUUGAAUUUGGGCCAUUUUCUGGGGUGUGGGAUGUUAGGAAUCCUAUCAAGUAUAGGAAAUUUAAAGAUGUCCACUCAUGUUGAUGCAAUUUGGCCGGACGUAAACAAAACUCAAUCUCUCACUUUCCAUCUGUUUUAUCUGAAUAGCCUCAUCAGCCGAGUUCAGACCUAGUUUUGUUUGGCUUCAUGUUGCUUUCAAGGAGUCCGUAAACAUUCAUGAGUGCGUGCAAGGGCACCAACCUGCCUUCUGCAUGGCUGAAGGGGAAGCUCUGCGGUGGAUACUACAGGCCUGGCUGAAGCAGAAGUUUCAAAACGCAACCCUGUUCUCGAGACAUCCUCAAAUCAUCUCAUCCAUGUUUAUGAAAGACCGGGAGUGGUUUCAGAGUGGCUUUACUUACCUAACAAAAAAACAUUGUGGUUCGCCUUUCUUCCUUUCAUUCAUUGCCCUUUUCCGAUCUCUCUCUCUCUCUCUCUCUUUUUCUCACUCUGCCUCUAUUCUAGGUCUUGGAAGGUGCUUGUCUUUGUUAUUACAGGCGAUUGCUAAUUCCUGCUUUGUCAUUUCCUAACUGGAAGACCCCAACAGUCACUAUUCAGACAGUAAGAGGAAGAGAAAGAGAGAGAGAUGUGAAUGUUUCCAUGUUUCUCACAGUAUACCUAGGCUACUUGAUGCUAGUGUGUGUGUGUGUGUGUGUGUGUGUGUGUAUGUGUAUGUACAAUUCAUUGUGUGUGUGUGUGUGUGUGUGUGUGUGUGUGUGUGUGUGUGUGUCUUAAAGUGUCUGUACAAUGCAUUGUGUGUGUGUGUGUGUGUGUGUGUGUGUGUGUGUGUGUGUAGGCCGUGGUAAUGGAAACUCUUCCCCUGGGCACUUUCAGUGGAAUCUUAAAAAUGUUUUCUCCACCCUCACCUGUGCCUGCAUCAGCUUAUGGAAUAUCACAGCACCCUGUCUCUUACAGGAUUCAUCUGACAGCA